CCAAAACCCCAGUCACCAGUAGAAACUCACAUCUCCAAGAAAAAAGAAAAAAGAAGAACAAAAGAUAGAAAAAAGAGGACAUCCCAACUUGCCUCUUCCCAUAUUUGAGAAACAACAUCUGAUGUGAUUCUGUCCCUUUUAAUACAAUAACAAUAUUUUAUAUGGUGUUGCAAGAGGAGAGAGAGAGAGGGUGUUGAUAUACAGAUGGAAGGAAAGCUGGGGGCUGUGUUUUGAGACAGAGACAGAGACCCUUUCAUCACUAUUUUUAUAUGUUCUUUGAAGAGAGAGUUGAUUUAUAGGUGUUGUGUUUUUAAUUGAGAGAGAGAGAGAGAGAGAGAGAGAGAGAGAGAGAGAGAGAGAGAUGGGAACAAGUGGGGGGUGCAGCAUAGUGUGGUUUAGGAGGGAUCUAAGGGUGGAGGACAACCCAGCACUAGCAGCAGGGGUGAGAUCUGGUGCAGUGGUUGCAGUGUUCAUAUGGGCACCUGAGGAAGAGGGUCAAUUCCACCCAGGGAGGGUCUCUAGGUGGUGGCUUAAACAUAGCUUGGCCCACCUUGAUAGCUCCUUGAGGAGCCUUGGUACCUCUCUCAUCACCAAGAGGUCCCCUGACAGUGUUUCUUCUCUCCUUGAUAUUGUCAAAUCCACAGCUGCAACUAACCUCUUCUUCAACCACCUCUAUGACCCAUUGUCUCUAGUGAGGGAUCACCGUGCCAAGGAGAUUUUGACCGCUCAAGGGAUAGUGGUCCGUUCAUUUAAUGCGGAUUUGCUCUAUGAGCCAUGGGAAGUUAAUGAUGCGCAUGGGAACCCAUUUUCAACAUUCGCAUCUUUCUGGAACAGAUGCCUUAGCAUGCCUAAUGAUCCAGCGGCUCCCCUGCUCCCUCCCAAAAGGAUAACAUCAGGGGAUGUGUCAAUGUGCUCUUCUGACCCUCUGGUGUUUGAAGAUGAGUUCGAGAAGGGAAGCAACGCUCUUCUUGCUCGGGCAUGGUCGCCAGGAUGGAGCAGUGCUGACAAGGCUCUAACGGCCUUCAUUAACGGGCCGUUGCUUGAGUACUCCGUGAACCGCAGGAAAGCAGACAGCGCAACAACUUCUUUUCUCUCGCCGCACCUGCAUUUCGGUGAGGUGAGUGUCCGGAAAGUCUUUCAUCUGGUCCGAAUCAAGCAGGUUGCUUGGGCCAACGAAGGAAACACCGCAGGCGAAGAGAGUGUGAACUUGUUCCUCAAGUCCAUCGGUCUUCGAGAGUAUUCAAGAUACUUCUGCUUCAACCAUCCAUACAGUCACGAAAGGCCCCUUCUUGCACACCUUAAGUUCUUUCCAUGGGUGAUCAACGAAGGUUAUUUUAAAGCAUGGAGGCAAGGUCGAACUGGGUAUCCACUGGUGGAUGCUGGCAUGAGGGAGCUGUGGGCCACUGGUUGGCUACACGAUCGGAUACGCGUGGUGGUGUCCAGCUUCUUCGUGAAGGUCAUGCAGCUACCAUGGAGAUGGGGAAUGAAGUACUUUUGGGACACACUUUUAGAUGCAGAUCUUGAAAGCGAUGCUCUUGGGUGGCAAUAUAUCUCUGGGACUCUUCCCGAUGGCCGUGAAUUCGAUCGCAUAGAUAACCCACAGUUCGAAGGUUAUAAAUUCGAUCCAAAUGGAGAAUACGUGCGGCGGUGGCUUCCUGAACUGGCAAGGUUACCAACUGAAUGGAUACACCACCCAUGGAAUGCCCCUGAAUCAGUUCUCCAAGCCGCAGGAGUUGAGCUGGGUUCGAACUACCCUCUUCCCAUCGUGGAAAUAGCUGCAGCGAAAGAGAGGCUGCAGGAAGCUCUUUCGGAGAUGUGGCAACAGGAAGCUGCUUCGAGAGCUGCAAUCGAGAAUGGGACAGAGGAAGGGCUCGGAGACUCUUCAGAGUCUCCAGUUAUUGCUUUUCCCCAAGAAAUACUAAUGGAGGUGGACCGUGAUCCUGAGCCGGUUAGGAACAAUAAUGCUACAACAGUGACUAGACAACAUGAGGAUCAAAUGGUCCCGAGCAUGACCACCUCGUUGCUUAGAGUCGAAGAAGAAGAACUGUCUUCGGACCGUGGGAUCUCUGUUGAAGAUAGCAGACCGGAAGUCCCAUCAAACAUAAACAUUACUCCAGAGCCGCAGACAGAAGUAAUAAAUCAAAGGGCUGCACAGAUGGCCAUGAAUAAUACUGCGCAGUUUAAUGUGACUGUCGGGCUGCAAAAUGUUGACCAUUCGUUGGCAGAAUCAUCCAGUAGUGGUAGUGGGAGAGAGAGAGAUGGGGGCGUAGUUCCAGUGUGGUCGCCCACAACGUCUAGUCGCUCUGAGCAGUUUGCAGGUGAAGAAAUGGGUCUUGGAAGCGGCUCGUCUUAUUUGCAGAGGCACCCGCAGUCUCACCAGCUGAUGAAUUGGAGGCGGCUUUCACAAACUGGGACAAGAAGCUGGGAGGUGGAGAAUGCCGUGCAGCCUAAUGCUAUCGGGUAGACCCAACCAAUAGCAAAACUGCCUGUGUGUACAUUUACAAUCCAUCUUUGAAUCCCCUUCGGCCCAUCGCAGCUGCCACAGCUUCAUCACCCAAGAGCCCAAAAUCCCAAAUCGGUGUCGACAGCGUAAUCCUCUCUGCCGCCUUUUCUGUACCAUAUUCUGCUUUGCUGUAUAGUAAUGGUUCUUUAAGGGGAGUGAGUGUCUUGUAAAAGAGAUCAUGUCAAGUUCUACGUAUAUUCCUUUCUUUCUUUCUUUCUUUCUUUCUUUUUUAUUGGAAUCAGGAGAGUCAUGAGAAGGUAUUGUUUACUGUAUUCGUGCUUUGUGCAUCUCCUCUCAUUAGUCAUCAAAAUCCAUGACUUCGGUAGAAUAAAUUGAUGUACCUUUAUGAAAUUGUGCUCGUGUAUGUGUGAUUACUUUUCCUGUUCGGGGGUCUGUUUGGAUGUACAUUUCAGUUAGAUUGCGACAUGCGGCGAUGUAAAAAAUGACGAGUGCUCAUGGUACUUUCUAUUAGAAGUAUUAGCUUCAAUUGA